AUGUCGUCAUCUUCAUCCACAACAACAUCCAACGAUCAAUGUGAACAUUGUCAUAGUACAUAUACAUUUAUUAAAAAAAAAAAAAACUGCGCUGUUUGUCAUCAAUCUUAUUGUGCAAAUUGUGCACCACGUGAACGUUAUCAAAAUCAACCGAUUCGUAUUUGUCUUACUUGUCAGUUAAUAUCAAAUACUUCAACAACAAACGAUCAAUUACUUGCAUUAAAAGUUAAACAUUUAAAAAGUUAUUUAAAAGCAAAAGAUAUUUCAAAUGAUAAUUGUACUGAAAAACAAGAACUUGUUAAUUUAAUAAUAAAUAAUCGAAAUUUACCAUUUACACAUGUAUUUACUCAACCAACACAAACAAAUCAACAACAAUCUCAAACAACAGUGCAACCUCCACCACAACCACAAACACCAAAAUCUGAUAAUAAUUCGAAACCUUUCGCAAAUCUUCAAAGUACAGUAUCAUCAUUUGCGAAUCAAAUGAAUAGUUUCGCUACAAAUAUACAAGAUUAUGUUACAAAUACAGUAUCCGGUGUUAUAAAUCAGACACUUCCUGAUCAACCACAACAGUCAACAACAACAACUAAUAAUAAUAAUUCUAAUAAUGGAGCAUCAUUUAGUUUCAGUUCAGCACCUGAUGGUUCAUUUAAUCAUUCGUCUUCGUCAUCUGGAAAUACUACUCACACAAGGACAGCUACAGCAAACAGUAGUACUACUACUAAUCCACAACAACAACAGCAAAGGCCUCCACCACCAGCAGCAACUACUAGUUCUUCUUCAACUGCAAAACAAAAGCCACGUCAAAAAUCUCUCAGUGAAAUUAAUGAAGAAAAUAUUGAAGAUUUAAAUAUUCGUGAAUUAAAAGAAAUCUUAGCAGCAAAUUUUGUUGAUUUUAAAGGUUGUGUUGAAAAAGGUGAAUUAAUUGAGAAAGUUCGACGACUUUAUCGUGAUAGAUUAAAUGCACAACUUAAAGCAAGAGAACUUGAUGAUUCAGUUGCUGGUGAUAACGAAUUAUGUAAAAUAUGUAUGGAUGCUAUUGCUGAUUGUGUCUUUCUAGAUUGUGGACAUAUGGUAACAUGUGUUAAAUGUGAAAAAAUAAUGGCGCCAUUCAAUCCAAAAACAGAAUAUAGCAAACUAGAAACUGAGGAUAUACGUGAAAAUCCAUCAUCAGAGUAUGUAAUCAAUGAAUUAACAUCAUCCACUCAAUCUUCUGAUUCGAUAUCAUCAAAUGAUUCAUUUGAACCUCAAACACCUAAACGACCUGUUGUUAAAUCAUGUUUUUGGUCAACAGCUAUUUUUUCCCUGAAUUUUGUUUCAUCAAUCUUUAUUAUUAAUUUAUCUAAAUGGAUUUAUGUUAAACAUCAUUUUCCAAAUUUAACAUUGACAACAAUGAAUUUUUUUAUGACAUUUAUUCUUUUACUUAUUUGUUUACAAGCAAAAUUAUUUACAUAUGUACGUUUACCAAUUCUAAAAAUGUUACCUGUAUCAGCAUGCUUUGGUGGUUUUAUUGCAUUUAGUAAUCUUUCAUUACAAUAUAAUACUGUUGGAACAUAUCAACUUACUAAAUUACAAGUCACACCAAGUAUGUUAGAAAAAUAA